CUUUCACAAACACUUGGUGUUUCGUUUCUGAUUUUUCCUGUUUUUGUUUUUUGUUUUAAAAGAAAAUGAUGCUGCUAUCUGUAUAAAUCUUUAUUAAUAUAAAAUAUAAGUAUUGAGAUCAACUACUGACAGUCUGUUAUCAGAAAGUGAACCGCACUAGUAAUAAAUAGAAAUGUUAGCAAAUUUUGCAAAUAAAGUGAUCGUCGUAACAGGAGCUGGUCAGGGGAUCGGUAGACUAUUGUGUCAGCAAUUGUCAAAUGCGGGAGCGAAGGUAAUUGCUAUUUCGAAGUCAGUGGAGAAACUAAAAGAGCUCAAAGAAAGCUGUCCUUCAAUAGAAAUCAUAUCUGUAGACCUUAAAAAUUGGCAGAAUACUCGGGACAUUCUUUCGAAAUUCCCGCAAAUUGAUGGCCUUGUAAACAAUGCUGGUGUGGCUAUUAUAAAGUCCUUCUCCGACUUGACAGAACAGGAUUUUGAUGAUACAUUUGACGUCAACAUAAAGGCAGUCUUCAACGUAACGCAAGCUCUUUUGCCAAAAUUCAAGACAGGCUCAAGCAUAGUUAUGGUUUCUUCUUUGGCUGCAUCUCGUUCAUUCGAUGGUCAUACGAUAUAUAGUGCCACUAAAGCUGCUUUAGAUUCUCUUACGCGCUCGCUAGCGUUGGAACUUGGACCCAGGCAAAUACGUGUGAAUUCCGUUAAUCCAACUGUAGUUCUUACCAAAAUGGGUCGGGAUAAUUGGAGUGACGAAAAAAAAUCAGGUCCGCUCUUAGCACAUAUACCGCUAAACCGUUUUUGCGAGAUAAACGAAGUAAUCGACGGAAUAGCAUAUUUAUUAAGUAGUAAAUCAACGUUCGUGAAUGGUCAUCAUUUAAAUUUAGAAGGAGGAUAUUCGGUAUCUUGAGUAAUUAGAGUACGUAUAUUCACAUCCCCUGUGUUAAAUGAAUAAACUUUUUUUAUUUUGGUUUAAUAAAA